GGAUAUUUACAUGAAAAAGGAAAUAAACGAGUUAAUUUUGUUAAUGCUCGUCAUUUAUUCGAAGUUAAAAUGAAAAUGAUUGUUGAUAAAAACCAAGAAUUAAAUAAUGUAUUAAUUGUUCGUGUAUCAGGUGAUAAUAAAAUAAAAGAAUUAUCUGGUAUUGUUUCGGGUGAUCAUUUAUGGUUAGAUAGUGUUAAUCAAUGUCGUUUUAUUGCUCAUGUACCACUUGAUGAUGAAAAUACUCGUGUUUUAGUUCAACCAAUAAAAGGAUCAUUUAACGAUUAUCUUCGUGAUAAAACAUUACAAUUAAAUAAUCGUAUAUCAGCUGUUUUUAAUACAACAUCUCCAACAGGAAAUAUUGAAGAUGAACGUUGGUGUGCGUUACUUUUAUAA